AUGCAAUCUAGACUCUCAAACUUUUAAGAGCAAGUUUUCGAUUAAUAUCAAGAUUAGACAGGCUAUAAGAUCGUAUCUGAUUAUGAACUAAGAGAAGAUGAUCCAAACUAUCAAGCUUACAUUGAAGGUGUCGAGUAAAAUGGACCCCUCAAGUACUAUGUUAUCUAGGCUGAAAGAAUCAAAGUAGAAGAAAAAAGCACAAUGUUCAUUGAUUUCUCUCACUUACUUAGCUACAAAUUUGUUGAUGAAAACUUCAUCUCCAAUAUAGUCAACUCUUAUCACAGGUAUGAGGCUUAUUUGAGGAAGGCAGUCACAUAAUUUAUGAGCGAUCUAGGCCAUUAAUACGCAAAAGAGCGCUACUUCCAAAUCGGAUACUACAACCUACCUCAAAUGAACAAGAUCAGAGAUUUGAAAGUCAUGGCUCUAGGAAGACUUAUGUCGAUUCAUGGUACUGUUACCAGAACCACUGAAGUUAAGCCUGAACUCAUUUUAGGAACAUUUAAGUGCUAAGAAUGUGGAAAUAUCACAGAAAAUAUCGAGCAAUAGUUCAAAUAUACCGAACCAAUUAGAUGUUCUAAUGACAAUUGCAUGAAUAGAUCAAAGUGGGAAGUGAUUAACACAGAUAGCACUUUUACUGAUUGGUAAAAGCUCAGAGUUUAGGAGCAUUCAGGAGAUAUUCCAGCAGGAUCAAUGCCAAGAUCAAUUGAUGUGAUUUUAAGAGGUGAAAUUGUUGAUACAGCAAAGCCAGGAGAUAGAACGAUUUUCACAGGUAACUUGAUCGUAGUCCCAGAUAUCGUUUAGCUUUUAAAGCCUGGUGAAAAGCCACAACAGUCUACUUCGAACACAGCUAAAAUGAAGAGAAAUGAUGCUAGAAAUAUGGAUGGAGUCACUGGUAUGAAGAGAUUAGGAGUCAGAGACUUGAGUUAUAAACUAGUUUUCAUUGCUAAUUCAGUUCAUGCUGCAGACUCCAGAUUUGGAUUCUCAAACGUCAACUCAGCAGAUGAUGAGGAAAAGCAAGACGCUAUGAAGCAAUUCACUAUACAAGAGAGACACACCGUCAUGAUGAUGAAAGAUCAAGAUGAUUUAUUCUUAAAACUGUCUCAAUCUAUUGCUCCCUCUGUUUACGGACAUCUUGAUGUUAAAAAAGGAGUUCUUUUGCAAUUAUUCGGUGGUGUGCAUAAAUCUACUCAAGAAGGAAUUAAGCUAAGAGGAGACAUCAAUAUUUGCAUUGUUGGAGAUCCAUCAACAGCUAAGAGUCAGUUCCUUAAAUAUAUUUGUUCUUUCUUGCCAAGAUCAAUCUACACCUCUGGUAAAGCAUCUUCAGCAGCUGGUCUUACUGCUAGUGUUCUGAAAGAUCCAGAGACUGGUGAGUUUUGUAUUGAGGCUGGAGCUCUCAUGCUAGCAGACCACGGAGUUUGCUGCAUUGAUGAAUUCGAUAAGAUGGAUGUCAAGGAUUAAGUAGCUAUCCACGAGGCUAUGGAGUAACAAACCAUUUCUAUUGCUAAAGCAGGUAUUCAUGCAACUCUUAAUGCUAGAGCUUCAAUCUUAGCUGCAGCAAAUCCCAUUCAAGGAAGAUAUGAUAGAUCUAAAUCACUUAGAUAUAACGUAGACAUUUCACCUCCUAUUAUGUCCAGAUUCGACUUGUUCUUCGUUAUUUUCGACGAGAAAAGAGAUGAUGAGGAUUUGAUGAUUGCUCAACAUAUUGUGAACAUGCACAGAUUAAAGGAAGACUCCUUACAUCCAGAUUUCACUACAGAUCAACUAUAAACAUACAUUAAGUUCUGCAGAUCCAUCAAGCCUAAAUUUACCAAAGAAUCUGCUUUCAUGCUAAAAGAAGAAUAUAAGAGAAUGAGACAAGCUGAGAAGAAUGCUCAGAAAUCAUCUUAUAAAAUUACUGUCAGAGCUCUUGAAAGUCUAGUCAGAUUAAGUGAAGGAAUGGCUAGAGCUCACUGUGAUUUCGAAAUUAAGCCAAACUAUGUCAGAGAAGUGUGCAGAUUGAUGAGAAACUCAAACAUUAACAUCAUUAAGGGAGAUAUUGAUUUUAGUGACAUUCAAGAAGAUAUCAACAAAGAUAGACAAAGAGAAAGAAUGAUGGCUCAAGAUCAAAAUUAAAUGGUUGUUGAUAGCUAACCCCAGCCAAAUGCCUAAGCCCAAGGUGAAAAGAAAAUUAAGAUGACUUAUGAAGAAUAUCAAUAAAUCGCUCUAAGAGUUAUAAUGGUCAUGAAAGACUUCGAAGCCAGAGGAGAGGAUAAUGUUAGACAGGGUGAAAUUGUUGAUCUACUAACCAAACAACUUGAAGUAGAAACUUAGGAGAGAUAAACAACCCUAGAAAAGAGUAUUGAAACUUCCAAGAGAAUUGGCAAUGUAAUAUAGUUCCUUAUCACAAAUGAUGGUAUUCUUAUGAUUUCUCAAGAUGCGAAAGUAAGAGGCGACAGAUACCUUACUCUAAAUGUCAAUGUCGAUAUGGCAAAUAUCACUAGCUUGCUAUAGGGAUCAAAAGAGCCUGUUUAUUGA